UCCGGUUGGCAAGAUGGUGGCGCGCAGGAGGAAGCGUGGGGAGCGGGACUCCGAGCAGGGGAUUCCGAGCCCUCCCGGUUACUCAGCCAUUCCGAUCAAGUUCUCAGAAAAGCAGCAGGCUUUUCACUACCUCUAUGUGAGAGAGCACAGAGUUCGAGAAGGCACCAAGUCUUCCUGGCCUCAGAAGCGGACCCUCUUUGUCCUCAAUGUGCCGCCAUACUGCACAGAGGAGUGCCUGUCCCGCCUCUUCUCCCCCUGCGGCCCCGUCCAGUCUGUGGAGUUACAGGAGAAGCCAGAACUUGCUGACAGCCCAAAGGAGCCAAAAUCAAAGUUUUUUCACCCCACACCCAUUCCGGGCUUCCAGGUAGCCUACGUGGUGUUCCAGAAGCCAGGUGGGGUGUCUGCUGCCUUAGUCCUGAAGGGCCCUUUGCUGGUUUCAACAGAGAGUCACCCUGUGAAGAGCGGCAUUCACGAGUGGAUCAGCAACUACACAGACUCAGUGCCAGACCCUGAGGCCUUGAGGGUCGAAGUGGACACGUUCAUGGAGGCAUAUGACAAGAGGAUAGCUGAGGAGGAGGCUAAGGCCAAGGAGGAGGAAGGGGUUCCGGACGAGGAGGGCUGGGUGAAGGUGACCCGCCGGGGCCGGCGGCCCGUGCUGCCGCGGACAGAGGCGGCUAGCCUGCGGGUGCUGGAGAGGGAGAGACGGAAGCGCACCCGCAAGGAGCUGCUCAACUUUUACGCCUGGCAGCACCGAGAGACCAAGAUGGAGCAUCUAGCCCAGCUGCGCAAGAAGUUUGAGGAAGACAAGCAGCGGAUUGAACUGAUGCGGGCACAGCGCAAGUUCCGACCCUACUGAGCCGAGCUG